UUCGGCGCCCUCUCCACCGGUUGCGCGUUCUCCCUGUCGCCAGGGCUUAGGGAGCGGGUCCUUGUGGCGGAGAACGCGGGAGAGGCGAGAGUGUGGUGACGGAUACUCUCAACUAAAAUAGGGCGUGGAAGAAACUAAAGGAAGACUAGGAACCAAGAAACGAAAACGGGAAGGAAAAAGCAGUAUGGGGAACUCGGAAAAAUUAGUAAACGGAAGAUGUGCUUCACGAACGAUCAGGCGCUGCUCCUGCCGCCUAAGAAAAAAAUUCAUCUGAAACAGAGGAGCAGAGAUUUGAGUUGUCAUAAAAUGAGUGACUCCUGGCUUUCCCUACUCCAUUAAUCAGAGGCACAAAGAAAGUGUAGCUUCUGAGCUGAAUGAUGGCAAUGUUGCAGAGUAAAGAAGAACAUGGGAAGGGCUCAAAGAAAACCUUUGCCCCACCUGCACAAAAAAUGCAUAGCCUGAUGUGCUAUAGCCCUAACUCACAUAAGGAGGAGACCCUGGAGAUCAGUUCCUCAAAGGCCAGGUUAGAGAAGAAGGAAGAGAAAGCAACCACAGAAAACGGUCCAAGCAGUGGCAAGAGAAAAAAAGGAAAGGCUCAAGACAAGCAAGCAGAGAAGAAAGAAAAGGAAAAAUUGAGUCUCACCAAUGCAGAAUUUGAGGAGAUUGUCCAGAUUGUGCUACGGAAGUCCUUCCAGGAGUGCUUGGAGGCUUCCUGUGCCCAGCCCAUAAGACGUACCCAGUUAGAAAAGGAACCAGGAAUUGCUCCUUCUACUGAUAAUGAUAACGCUGAUGGAGAGAAGGUAAUGGUACCUCAUAUUCUAGAGAUUUCAGCCACUAAGGAAGCUGGAGUAACCUCUGUGAUAAAGACAUCUAAGCCAGGCCAGCCAGAUCCUGCACUGUCUGAGGAUAAAUUCAAUAGAUUCUCCGUAAGCAAAGGAAAGAAGAGAGCCUAUGAGAAAAUGGAGAAACCCCAAAAUGGAUGUGACCCCAGACAGAAAGCUCAACUGAAGAAAACAGUUCAAAAUCAUUCUCGGAUAAGAAACCAACAGAAAGGAGAAGGCAGUGGUUUUGGCCAGUGUCUUGUCUGGGUCCAGUGUUCUUCCCCAAACUGUGAGAAGUGGAGGCGGCUUUGUGGGAACAUUGACCCCUCAAUGCUUCCAGAUAAUUGGUCCUGUGAUCAGAAUACAGACUUGAAAUAUAAUCGCUGUGACAUCCCUGAGGAGUCCUGGACAGGGUGUGAGAGUGAUGUGGCUUAUGCCUCCUACAUUCCAGGAUCUAUCAUCUGGGCCAAGCAAUAUGGUUAUCCCUGGUGGCCAGGCAUGGUAGAAUCUGAUCCUGACCUGGGGGAAUAUUUUCUUUUUGCUUCUCAUCUUGAUUCCCUGCCGUCUAAGUACCACGUAACAUUUUUUGGAGAGACAGUUUCUCGUGCUUGGAUCCCAGUCAACAUGCUGAAGAACUUCCAGGAGCUGUCCCUGGAGCUAGCUGGAGUGAAAAAGUGCAGGAACAAGGAUUGCAACCAGAAACUGGGGGCAGCCCUGAUGAUGGCUCAGGAGGCAGAACAAAUCAGUAUUCAGGAACGGGUUAACUUGUUUGGUUUCUGGAGCCGAUACAAUGGAUCUGACAAUAGUCGAGAAGGAAAAGGUAGAAUCGACAUAAUGCUUACUGGGGCUAAUAGCCAAGAUUCCUGCUUGGAGAAAGAAGGGGAAGAGUCAGCGUUGGAGGAGGUGCAGGAGGAGAAAGAAGAGGAAAAAGACUCAACUUUGCCCAGUCCCAAGCCAGCCAAAAUUCAGACAAAAAAAAACAAGGCAAGAGGCAUAGCAGAUGGACGAGAUGGUACCUUGCAAAGGAAGACAACGAAGAGAUUUCUGGGAAAUGAAUCUGCAGCAGCUCCUGUACUCAUAAUGGGAAGGAAAGAAGGACACAGGAAUUCAGAGCCUGACCAGCCAGGCUCUAAGAAAAAAUUUGAAGCUCCCCAAAGCAAACCUGCAGGAACCAGCUUGUCUGAGGAUAAAGAAGCAAGGAUGGAGCCAAAGGGCCCAACCCCACCAGCUCAUCUCGGGGCCUGUCCCAUGGUGGGGAAAGAAGGCUGGCAGUAUCCUCAGGAGGCUGGAAGUGUUGCUCCUAACGAUGAAGCCUCCAGUGACCUGGACCUGGAGCAACUCCUGGAGGAUGUUGGAGAAGAGCCGGAGCAGCUGGAGGAGCCGCAAUGUGGAGAGGACGCUGGGGAGUUCCCCACAGCCUUCUUUGAGGAAUAGCUGUGUGCUCCUGCCUCCUGCUGCUCUCUCAUCCGCUUCCAUAGGAGCAGCAGAGAGAGCCCCUCAGAGGGUCCCUGAGAAGUUGCUAAGUGUGGGUUUGUCGGCUACAGGUCAAUUGGCUAAAGUCACGGCUGUGCAGUUUAUGUGUUAAUAAAACAGGUCAUCAGCUUAA